AUGGGAUUUUGUUCAAUUUUAACCUUCAGAUGUACUAUGUGUAAAUACGUUAGGACAGUAUCGACAUCCGAUAUUAACUGUGACAAAAAAAGAUUAAAUUUUGAGGACAAAAAUUACGGCCCAACGUGUGAAAAACCAGAUAUGUCUUCAGCAGAUUUUGAAGAAGCUAAAGCAUGUUUUCUAUCUUCGCUUCGAAAAGCAAAAGAGGAAAUCGAAUCCAUUGAAGCAAGAACCAAAGAGCAGGCUAACAAUUUUAAAUGGGUCGAAAUGCGAAAAACACCUUCACAUUUUGGAGAGAGUUUGCAUUGGUUCGAUCAAUUUUUUAAGUGA